GGAAGAUAAAAAGUCACAAAGUCAACUGAAUUGAUGCAGAUUUCAACCAUGAAGUUUUUGAUCUACAGCCUUUUUGUGUUAUUCUUCUUUUCAAAGCUUCAUUGCUUUGUUGAAGCACAAGGAGCAGCUGCUGCUGGUGCAGCUGCCGGUGGAGGUGGAGGAGCUGGCGCAGCAGUUGCAGCUGCAGGUGGUGGGGGAUACGGUGGAGGUGGAAGAGCUGGCGCAGGUGGUGGGGGAUACGGUGGUGGCUAUGGUGGAGGCUGGGGACGGCCUUUUUGGUAUGGUUAUCCUUACUGGGGUUAUCCUUAUUGGGGAUAUCAUGAUUUUGAAUAUGGCUAUGAUCAUCAUUAAAAUUUCAUUAUGCUGGGAAAUUCUAUAUGGCAGCAAGAUAUUAUUUCAAAAGAUUGUAAACAAAGCCUUAACUCAUAAAAUGAUUUGUACAUAUAUUUGAAAAAAAAA